AUGAGCACCCACGAGGCUGGCGGGCAUGCGACGCGAAGAGGUCAUGCCGCCCAUUUGUCGAUUAGCGACCCAAGCCACCAUGUGACGGAGGCCAUCGGACACAUGUACGACGACGACUACGACAGAGAUGAAGCAAGACGCCUUAGCUAUAUUACUUCCCCCCUUGGCGAAUCAAUAUCAACUAUCCCCCGGAACGCUGCAGGAUCCGAGUCCUCUCUUUCCCCGUCCUCACCACUACAUCAAUCAUCUUCAGACAGCCAGAGCAUCCCCACAAAUGGAAAGCAGCGGCCGCCACUUGUUGCAAAACGGUCAUCUGACCGGGAUUUUGAUGCAGGAGUUAGCGAUGGGACUCGCUCUCCCUCGGAAACUGCAACCUCCCCCUUUCCUCUCAACGAUAUCGACUAUGAAUCGAAUCCCGCCGCUGUCGCUCAAGAACUGAACAACCUCGCCGCGAUUCGGCGCAUGUCGAUGGAUGUAGCCGCCGCCGGCGACCCUGACCUUCCAGGAUUCUCUCCACCCCCUUCCCCCUCGACCGACGAGAAUGAUGCCUCCAGGCUAUUUUGGGUUCCCGCGCGACUACACCCGGAACUAGCCCCAAAGGAGUUCAAGUCGUUCCUCGAUAGCAAGGCCGACCAUAUCAAGCGCAGGUCCGGCGACUAUUCGACCUUGGGUCUCGAGCGUCCAGCGUCAGCAGGUGGUCUCAAUCGCAAGCGGUCUAUGCUAUCAAGGCAAAUUGAGAAUUCCUCAGGCUAUACAGAUGGCGCAGAUCGGCUGGAACGUCAACGCUCUCAAUCAAGCAAACGCGAUCACAUAUUGAGUCCAAAUUUACAACAGUUGGAAACGCUGGUGGAUGAUUCGAAGUCAAUAGAUAAAGAAUCACUCUUGCGCGGCAUUCAAAAUAUGGUCAUUACAGGGAACGAGGACCGGCCGAUUCUGCCACCUGCACCCCCAGGAAACAGCCUAAGACGGUCAACUCGCACACAGUACAGGAAAGCAGGUAGUUUGAAGAAAGGCGAAAAAUUGCCCUACUCCAAAAGAGUUGGACGGGGACAGUCUGAAUCUGCUGGAAGCGAUCCAAAGCCCCCACUCAUUCCACCUCAAGAUUCGGCGGUUUCGGGACUCACUCGUGUCUCUACUGACCCUACUCCCAAGGUUACACGGGCCCGAGCGCCCUCUGCUUCAUCGCAUAGCUCCACUUAUGCUCCCGGUUCCACCACGAGUUCGACGUUUGAUGCGAUCGUUGAUCAGCCCGAGGCCGAGCGGGAAGAAUUGCCCGCCUCCAGUGGGCGUCCGGAUAGUCCUCAGGAUUCACCGGUGUCCGGAGAUGCGGCAAAUUCGCGGAAGUGGCAUUCACGUAUUAGCUCGAAUGGCAGAUCUACGCUGAGCGUAGCCCCAGCUGACCAAACCAUUCCCGCAAUCAUUGAAACGCCCCCCACCACUGAAUCCAACCGCACACCAAGUCCGCCUUCACAAAGUCGAUCAUCAGAUCGUGCUGCUACAUCUGCACCAGCAAAAUCUACUUCGUCUCAUGACACAGGACCAAAACGUCCCAAAAUCGCUCGUCAGCCACCUCACGAGGCCACAUCCUCGCUUAAUGAAGUUGGCAAUGAUCAUCAAGUGAUCCCUGGCAACAGCACCCGCACUGAUAGUCUUUCAUUCAUCCCUACGCUUCCUGAAGAGCGCAAAUCCGAAGACCGAAAAUCCGAGGGUAGGAGAUCAAAAGACAAAAAGGACUCCGAAGGUAAUCGCAAGUCCAGCUGGCACUGGUUGCUAGGCAGUGAAGAAAAAGACAAGAAGAAGGACAAGGACAGCGACUCGAAAAAGACUAAAUACAAGACGGUUGAUAAAGCGCAUGACAACACACGCCUGGAUGUAUUACAAUCAUCCAUCGAUAGCACUCCGCGGGGACGCGAAAGUCUGAUUUUAGACCGUCUCGACCCAAAGCUAGAAGAAGAACGGCGGAAAGACAGUGUGAGAAGGGCGUCGGGAGAUUCAAAAAAGGAAAAGGAUGGCAUUUUCUCUUCUAUUUUCGGCGGCGGACGAAAGAAACACAGUGCUGAAGGCCAUCAUCGAAAACAUUCUUCCCGGAACCUGUCACCGGAUCCCCCAAUGCAAGUACUUCGUGCCGAUGUCGACUAUCCCUGGACCCGCUUUUCAAUUUUAGAGGAGCGCGCUAUCUAUCGCAUGGCGCAUAUCAAGCUCGCAAACCCCCGGCGAGCGCUGUAUUCUCAAGUGUUGCUGAGCAACUUCAUGUACUCAUAUUUGGCCAAAGUGCAACAAAUGCAUCCGCAGGUGCCCGCAGCCUCAUCUGGGUCAUCCCAGAGAUCAUCGAAAUCAAGAGAUCAGCCCGAUGAGUAUGCGCAAUAUCAAAGAUACCAAGAGUCUCAGGAACAGCAACACUACGGAGAUAGUGCCUAUGAUGAUUCUUCCAUGUACGAUUAUGACGACGAUCCGCAUGAUCGCUACGGUAGCCAUUCGAGGGGCGACAAGCAGGGCUAUGAAAAUGGGCAAUCUUAUGGCCAAGGGCACUACCAGUAUGGACACUCGUCCUUUGGUGACGACGUCCAACUCGAUGACGACGAUGACGAUGAUAUGUGGUGA